CAUAGGCUGUGUAUCGAGUUAAUAUUUAAAUAAACAGUAAUUGGUAGAUAUGAAUAUGCUGAGAUUAGGGAUGCACCGAUCAAUACUGAUAUCCAAUACCGGGCGCAUUCAAUUAAAUUACGCGCGUAAUACGCGAUGAGUCAGCAGCGCGCUGAUACACCCGAACACGCUGCUGAGAGCUAACGUAGCAUUAUUGGACUCUUUGGCAAGCAAGUUAUUAGAAGAAGCUAAAGUAUAUAAUGAACAAUUUAAGUUCUUUGAAGGAAGCUAGCUCGAUAUUCUCAGUACAGAUACCAUGGCAGAGGCUACGAAGAAACAGAAGAAGUUGUCAGAGGAAGCGAGGAAGAGAAAAAGAGAGUGACCGAGCAAACUACUUUACCGGUGUCGGGAAGAAGGCUGCAAAGUCAGUUUGGAUGACACGCAUUGACUCAUUCAGAUCGACCGCCACCGCAGAGAAGUGUGAUGAGGCUCUAGCCUCCUCUCUGCCCCACACGGCCUUCACCAGCUCAACUGUCUUCUCCAAUGGAUAUGCCCCUGGAUAUGCCAAGCUCAACAGGAGAGGAGGUGCUGGCGGAUGGUCACCUCUAGACAGUGACCAUUACCAGUGGCUACAGGUGGACCUGGGUUCCAGAAAGCAGGUCAGCGCCAUAGCAACGCAGGGUCGCUACAGCAGCUCUGAUUGGACAACACGAUACCGUCUCCUUUACAGCGACACAGGAAGGAACUGGAAACCAUAUCACCAAGAUGGCAACAUUUGGGCCUUCUCUGGAAACUCCAACUCGGAGAGUGCAGUUCGUCAUGAGCUGCAGCAGGGAAUCGUGGCACGCUUCCUGAGGCUCGUCCCACUGGACUGGAGUGAGGAAGGACGGAUUGGUCUGCGCAUUGAGGUCUAUGGCUGCUCUUACUGGGCGGGCGUGAUCAACUUUGAUGGACAGGGUAUAAUCUCAUAUCGUUUUAAGGUGAAGAAGAUGAAGAUCAUUAAAGAUGUGAUUGCACUGAGGUUCAAGACGUCAGAGAGCGAGGGUGUGAUUCUCCACGGAGAGGGCCAACAGGGAGACUACAUCACACUGGAGCUUCACAAGGCCAAGCUGCUGCUGCAGAUAAACCUUGGCAGUAAUCAGUACGGCUCUAUCCUGGGUCAUACGUCUGUGACCACCGGCAGCCUGUUGGAUGACAAUCAUUGGCACUCAGUGGUGAUUGAACGCUACCGUCGUAAUGUCAACUUCACCUUGGACAGACACACUCAGCACUUCAGGACCAAUGGAGAGUUUGACCACCUUGAUUUGGACUACGAGUUGAGUUUUGGGGGGAUGCCAUACAGUGGGAAGCCUGUGGGUGGAGGGCGGAAGAACUUUAAAGGCUGCAUGGAGAGCAUCAACUACAAUGGAGACAACAUUACAGACCUGGCUCGCCGAAAGAAGCUAGACACCUCCAGCUUUCGUAACCUAUCCUUCUCAUGCGUGGAGACCCACACCUUCCCGGCCUUUUUUAAUGCCACCAGCUUUCUGCAGCUGCCAGGUCGAGCCAAUCACAACACGGCGUCUGUGAGCUUCCAAUUUCGUACGUGGAACCCCGAUGGGCUCCUCCUCUUCAGUAAUCUUGAUGAUGGCACGCUGGAGAUCUCCCUCGAGGACAGCAAGGUUGUAGUUCAUAUCAACGUGACGGGGGCGACCAGCAACAACCGGGUAGACUUAUCGGCAGGUUCAGGCCUUAAUGAUGGCCAAUGGCACGCAGUACGUUUGGUCGCCAAGGACAACUUCGCCAUGUUGACAAUAGAUGGCGAGGAGGCAUCUGCCGUGCGCUCCACCUCACCUCUCACCAUCACGACAGGAGGAACCUAUCACUUGGGAGGGUACUUUCUCCAGACUCUGUUCCCACCAUCCCAGCGUUCCUUCCAGGGCUGCAUGCAGGCAAUCUUGGUGGACGACCAACCAGCUGAUUUGCUUGCAGUGGAAAAAGGCACUAUGGGAGCUUUUGAGAAUGUCAGCCUAGACAUGUGUGCAAUCAUAGACAGGUGCAUGCCUAAUCACUGUGAACACGGCGGGCGGUGUAAACAGACAUGGGAGAGUUUUAGCUGUACCUGUGAUGGAACAGGAUACACUGGAGCCACCUGCCACACUUCUAUCUAUGAGCCAUCCUGUGAGGCUUAUAAGCAUUUGGGCAGGUCCUCUGACACCUACUGGAUCGACCCUGACGGCAGCGGAUCCCUUGGCCCAUUCAAAGUCAACUGUAACAUGACAGAGGACAAAGUGUGGACAACAGUCAUGAACAACCUGCCACCCAAAACUGCAGUGACUGGUUCCAGUAGAGAGAAGCGCACAGUCUUACAGGUCAACUACAGUGCCUCUAUGGACCAGGUGACAGCCAUCACCACCAGUGCAGAAUACUGUGAGCAGCAAAUCGCCUACAGCUGUCGCAUGUCCAGACUGCUCAACACUCCAGAUGGGACCCCUUACACGUGGUGGGUCGGUCGCGGCAGCGAGAAGCACUUCUACUGGGGAGGCUCAGGGCCUGGCAUCCAGAAAUGCGCCUGUGGCAUCGACAGGAACUGCACCGACCCAAAGUACGACUGCAACUGUGAUGCAGACCACAAACAAUGGAGAGAAGAUUCGGGUCUGUUGGUCUACAAGGAACACCUGCCAGUCAGCCAGGUUGCCGUGGGUGACACCAACAGGUCAGGCUCUGAGGCCAAGCUCACUGUUGGACCACUUCGUUGCCAAGGAGAUGACAACUACUGGAACGCCGCAUCAUUCACCACCCCAUCAUCCUACCUGCACUUUGCCACCUUCCAGGGUGAGACCAGCGCCGACAUCUCCUUCUAUUUCAAGACCAGUGCACCCUAUGGCGUCUUCCUGGAAAACCUGGGCAACACUGACUUCAUUCGCUUGGAGCUCAAAUCUCCUAAAGUAGUCUCCUUCUCCUUUGACGUUGGAAACGGACCUGUGGAGUUAACAGUACAUUCCGCCACACCCCUCAAUGACGACCAAUGGCAUCGCGUGAUGGCCGAGCGAAAUGUCAAAGAGGCAGUCCUUCAGUUAGAUCAGACACAUCGGGCAUCUCGGCUUGCUCCGGCACAGGGGCACACACGGCUAGAGCUGUUCAGCCAGCUCUACGUGGGUGCUGCAGGAGGGCAGAGGGGGUUCCUAGGCUGUAUCCGAGCUCUGCGGAUGAACGGCAUCACCCUCGACCUGGAAGAGAGGGCCAAGGUCACGCCUGGGGUCAAGCCCGGAUGCCAAGGGCACUGUACCAGUUUUGGGAUGUACUGCCGGAACGGAGGGAAGUGUGUGGAGAAGUACAACGGCUACUUGUGUGACUGCAGCCACACUGCCUAUGACGGCCCGUUCUGCACCAGAGAUGUUGGGGGUUUCUUUGAGGCAGGAACGCUGGUCAAGUACAAUUUCAUGCCCGAAGCAGUUGCAGGAGCCAGUCGGGACACAAAGAUCCUGACGCACCAGCUGACGCCACAUGAAGUGAACCUGACAAAGGAGGAAGUGGCCUUUAGUUUCAGCACAUCCAAUGCUCCAGCUAUUCUGAUGUAUGUCAGCUCCAAGACGCAGGACUAUCUGGCUGUGGUUUUAAGGCAAAAUGGUUCACUACAAGUGCGGUAUGACCUGGGAGGUCUGAAGGAGCCAUUUGCUAUAGAUGUGGACCAGCGUAACCUGGCCAACGGACAGCCACAUAGCAUUAACAUGUCCCGUGUCGACAGAAGCAUCACCAUCCAGUUGGAUCAUUACCCUCCAGUCAGCUACACCCUACCGGACGCCUCAGACACACAGUUCAACCUCGUCAAGACGCUGUUCUUGGGCAAAGUCUUUGAAACUGGACACAUAGACCCGGUCCUCAUCGAGCGGUACAACACCCCAGGCUUCGUAGGGUGUCUGUCGCGGGUACAGUUCAACGGAGUCGCCCCCCUCAAGACUGCGCUGAGAACCGCCACACAGGCCCAGGCCACACCUACAGCCGGUCAGCCAGACAGAAAACCUGCAGCCGCCUCGCCGGUGUCUUACCAGGGCAAACUGUUGGAGUCCAACUGUGGUGCGUCACCUCUAACCAUCCCACCAAUGUCUGCCGCAACAGACCCCUGGCGUCUGGACAACACAGAUGCAGAGUUCCCCUUCAAUGAGGAGAGAGUGAUUCCUGAUGGAGUCAACAGAGACUCAGCGAUCAUUGGAGGAAUCAUCGCCGUAGUGAUCUUCACCAUCUUAUGUACUCUGGUGUUCCUGAUCCGCUACAUGUUCCGCCACAAAGGCACCUACCACACCAACGAGGCCAAGGGCAGCGGGGAGUCGGCCGGGGAGUCGGCGGACACGGCCAUCAUCGGCACCGACAACCCCGAAACCAUCGACGAAUCAAAGAAGGAGUGGUUCAUCUAACAGCCAAUUACAGGACUUUGAGAGAAGAAGGGAUGCGUCAGACCACCAGUUGCCACAGAGACGGAGGAGGUUUAAUUCAAUGACCAAUCACAGGGAGAGAUGAAGGAAAGGCCAUUCAAUAGGACUAUAAUCUCCCAGAGAGGGCGGUGAUGUGGGAAAGACGUGUACAGAAAUGUUUUCUGUUUAUUUGUUUGUUUGUUUUGUUUUUUUUAUAUAUCCAGAGUAUUAGAAAAAGAAGAGGGACAGUUAUGCAGCGGAGCACGGCUGUAAGAGACUGUACAUGUAUAUACUAGCCGGCUUGUCCUUCUUUGUAUCGUGCUUGGGAGUUUUCAGGAGUUCUUUGAAUACUGUAUAUGACCAAUAAUUAUACGUACUGGAUCGUGUGAUAGCACAGAUUUAUUGCCAGUCUCUGUUACAUUUUGAUUUUAUUUUUUAACAAAAGUCUUAUAUCAAAAAUGAUCAAAUCAACAUGCCAAACCCCUUUUUUUUUUUUUUUUUAUUUAUCAGGCUGCUGUUGGCACCAGUCUGUCAAAACUCAUAUCCGUCAAAUGACAUGCCACCUAUAAUGUGGCAAUAUAGAGUUGAAUAUGGAUGCCAAAAGUCACUUUGUAAAUACAAUGUUUUGUGUUUUUUUUUUCUUUUUUCUAAAAAGAUUUAUUCAGAAUCCAAAACAUAAACAUUAAUGAGAAAUGUCAGAUCUAUAUUACAGUAAAAUCAUGCGUCUGUCCAUUACAUUAUAUAUGUAUGAAUUAUAGAGUUUUAUGUUUAAAUCUCAUGACGUUCGAUUGUAUGGGACAUUCCUUUCUGAGGAAGGGCGGAUAGGGGAUUCUCAGAGCAUGAUGGGAAAUCAUGACACUCCAUGGUUGGUUCAGCACGGCAGCUUUCUUUUCAUUUGGAAAGGGUGAAACCGAAAGCUUUUACUCAUUCAGACUUGAGCAGACAGUUUGUUUCUUUGCCAAACACGUGAGUCUUACAUCAUUACACGACCGGCUCCGAUUUUUGCAUUAAAUGUUUGACUUUGAGUUGAAGGAAUUUACUCAAUAUUUUUACAUCUUAGACUGACGUUGGGCUGUGGUUUCCACUGUGUGUGCAUGCAUCUGUGCGUUUAUGUGUAGCUCAGAUGAAUAGGAUUUGUUACAUUGGACAAAAAGUGUGCUAGAAAAAACAGAUCGAACAACUUGCCUGACACUGAAUGAGUUGUAUUGAUGCACUAAACUUCAUGCAUUACGAGGUCGAAGCACCAUAAAACAAAAAGAAAUCGGUGACACCUAAUAUUUGUUCAAGAUCUGGGAGAGGUUAAGAUGAUAAUUGGCUUACUAAUCCGAUGUGCCUUCAAGAUGUUGAGCCAUGUCGCCUUGCCCAGAACUACUUAACACAAACUUACAAAAACUUGACUGCUGCUGCAAGAAUUCUCAAGAGUUUUCAGCUGUUUUUGCAAUCCCUGAGUCGAGAGGUGCUGUGUUCAAUUAUCCAUGAAUCUCAGUCAAAGUUUGAUUAGGAAUUCAGAAUGAAAACAUCCGCCGAACUUUUCUCAAAUCCUAAACAAGUCUGACUUUUUCCAGCACAUCCAUGUAGGUUCCUACGCAGCAAGAACAGCUACAUUGAUGUAUAGGAGAGCCGCACGCUAUACAAUACACAAGAGGUUUACACCUAUGCUCUGUGACGCACAUACGCAAGCAUGCAUGUUUGACAGAGCAUGAGUCAAGGCUGUUCAUUCACUUAGAAGAAUAGCGUGUUGAGAAUGAGGAGGCUGCUGCUUUGCCAUCGCUGAAUUGAGCUUCACUCUUAACAGUGCCACCGUUUUCCAGCAUCAUUCAAAAGAUGUACAAUGUAUAUUUUCUAACCAUGUUGUUUUUCCUGUCCUUGUUGCUCACGUUUACCUUACCACAGCAUUUAUAGAACAGUGUGUCACAGUUGAAAGCGGCUGCCAACUUUGUUAUUUCAUUGUGAAUUUUACUUUUUUGUGUGUGUUUGUCUGUUUUAUUAAACUGCCGCAAUGGCACCUUAUUACAUGCAAGCUUUUGUACAUCAUCGUCGCCUCAUGGUUGAGUAAUAACUGUGGAUCACUUUAUCACUGACAUUAGGACAGCUGAACUCAGCCUGCCUUCUACUGCAGCCUCAAAGAAGACUUCCUCCGUCCACACAUCACAUCCAUGAAGGCAAACGAGUGACUUUCCUUAUUUUUUAAUCAUUAUAUUACUCAGACUAUACAUAAACACGCACACGCCCCUGACACCUGGUUUGAUCAUAGCAACAAUUAUCAACUCCAACAGACAGAAUCAUAACCCAUGUGUUUGCUUUCAGUUCUAUUGAGUUCAAUAAAGAGUGUUUGAUCUUUAA